UCAUGCUCACAACACUCAACAAACGACACGGAACGGCAGGAACCUUUCUGCUUCUUUUUUUGGGUCCAUCGCUCAUCGCAGGUUUCAUCACCACACCAUCCUGCAGUGAUGGUAUGUGGGAAGUACUAGCUGACCAAGAAACUUCUUUUGACUGCACGGCUGAAGGAGAAAUACAGUGGAGAUUAAAACUAAAUAACACGUAUACUAUCAUGUUAGCUACAUGCACUAAUCACUGCACUAUGCAAAAUACGUUUGAAAGACUUUUUAAAGCAAUUAGCCCUGACAUUCACAAAACAACUAUGGUCAUUAAUCCUGUGAGCAACAGAAAGCUAUAUGACAACGUCCAACUUCUGAAUGUCAGUCUGGAGUGCAGUCAUGGAGAAGACAUAUUCGCUGGCUGUGAGCUCAACUUUGUGUAUCCUCCAUCGGAUGUUACAUGCACAGCAUCAAAUAGCUCAUGGUCCAUCAAUGUGUCCUGUGUUAUUGGCAGUGUCUACUCCUCACGGAAGUUUUAUACAUGCUCGCUGAUCCGAACAAAGAUGUCAGAGAAUAAAACAUUACAAAAUGUCACCAUGAUGACAUCCCCGACCGACAAAAGGAUCACCAAGAGCGAAGUGAAGAGGUCAGGUUCCUGUCAUUUCAGCACAAGUCUCCCACCACAGGAAGGGCACUACGGGUUCCUAGUCUCUGUCUUACCAGGCAGACGAACUUUUAUGACUGAACACAAGCAGUUCACAGUUGAACAGCCCAGAUCACCAACAAUCUUGUGUAGUCCUCGGCCUUACGUGUUAGAGAACACUUUAGUCAACUGUAACUGUACCACAACUAGCCUGGGACAACCUGCAGGGUACCUGAGAUGGGUCACAGGUAACCAGACAAAGCAAGGUACAGCAGUCAGGCAAGAAAAACAGGAAUUGACAUCAAAAGGACUACACUAUAGUCAGGUCCUAACCCCCUCAGAUCACAAUAAUACUUGGUUCAGAUGUGAUAUUAUUUGGGGACCUAAGGAGACUGGAGGAGGGAACUACACUGCUAGCGUGGGAUACGCUCCUAAAACACCACAUCUUUUUCUCAACAAACUUGAAAGAAAUUAUACUGUCAAGGAAAGACACCAAGUAAAUUUUAUGUGCGAAUCUGACGGUCGACCCACACCGAAUGUCUCCAUCUAUAACAACGACAACGACACUGUCAUCACUAGAAACUCAUCUCCUGUCAUCUACACAUUCAUCGCUCGCUGCGAGGACACUGCCACCUACACGUGCUCUGCCUGGAACGAGUUUUCCAGUCAGUUAGGUGUGACUACCUCCGACAGUCUCAAGUUGUUUGUCAACUGUAAGUAUAAAAUAUAG